AUGGAUGCCAGCACAAAUGAUGAUGAAACAUCAGAGAAUGAUAACACAGCCCAAGCUAACAAACUGUCAAAACCAACCGAAGCAGUAACAAUUAAAGAUGGAGAAGAACUUGUAGAAGGGCAUGAUAAUGUAGAAGCUGAUCCCAAAUCUGCAACAGAAGGAAGCUCCAAAGCUGUGACAGAAAAUGAAUCAGAGGAGGAGAACAAUGAAUCAGCCACAGAUGAAAAUGAAUCACUAAACAAUGCAACAACAGAUGCAAAGGAGACCGCAGGGGAAGAGGAUACUUCAAAAGUUACAAAUGAUAAUGAAUCAGGACAUUCAGAAGCCGAGUCUGAAAAUGAGACUGCAGAUGAAACUACAGGAGAGGACGAGACAGCAGAAGAGGAUAAAGUGGCUACAGAUGAAAAUGAGACUUUAAAUGAUGCAGAACAUGAUGAAGCAGAGCUUCAUGAGACAGAACCAUCUGAAACAAAUGCAGAAAGCAGUGCCACUGAAGAAUUUAUUAAAGAAGAAGAACGAAGUGAAGAAGAAGAUUAUAAAUCUCCCAUCAAGGAAAUAGUAGAAGGUGAAACAACUGGAGAGGAAUCCGAGGAGGCGGAAAAUGAAAGUGGCAGGGAGUCUGAAGCAACAGGUGAAGACUGCACAGAGGCUGCAACAACAGGAGAUGACACUGAAGAACGUGAAACAGCAGAGGAAAAGUCAGGAGAAACUGAAGGGGCAGGGAAUGACAUUACUGAAAGCGACAGGGAAGAAGAAUCAGGAACAGAAGGUGCAUCUGCAGGAGAGGAGGCUGGAGAAGCUCAAACAGGAAGGGAAGAACCCACAGAUAACACAGAGGAUGAAUCUCCACAAGACGACAGACAGCAACUUACUCAAGGAGAUGAUGAAGAGGUAGACAAUACUGGCAAUGAGUCUGAGACUAAUUCUGACAAAGUUGGAAAUACAUGUGAAGAAAGUGACUUGACUGAGGAUCAUCGAGAUGAUGGUUUAACAGAGACAAAUAAUGAAACAGAAGGCCCUGAUGAUGUGGUGGAGCUGAAACCGGAUAAGGAUGAGGAUGUGCAUGUGGAGGAAAUAUCAGAAAACAAUGAUGAAAACGUACCAGUAGAAGACGUAGAUGAAGCUACUGAUGGACAGACAGAGACCAAUGCAACUAUGCCAGAUGGAAGCCAUGGCAAUGAUGAAGACCAUGUCAAAGCUUUUGAAGAUGAGGAGGAAACUGAGACACCCAAUGAAGACUGGAGUGGAAACCAGGGAGAUUCAGCUGAUGGAGAAGAUGAGGCAGAGGAAGAUUCAGAAGAACCAGAGGAAGAGACUGAUGAUGGAGAGCAAGAUUUUGAUCCAAGCAAGGCAGAUAAUCAAGAGGCAGCUAACAGAGCAGCUGAGGGAACAACAUUAAUCCCACUUGAUACUUUGACCAAAGUGAAUGCAGAAUCUGAGGAUGGCGCUUAUGCUGAUGUUGAAGAUUCUGAGAGUGAAAUAAACAGCCAAGAAGGAGUUACAAGCCUCGAGAGUUUGAAAAAGAUUUCAUCGUAACUUGACUGUGACUCUACAAAUGCUGAGGAGAACUACUGUAGAAGGAGUCUACCAUAGAACAUAACAAGAAGACAGCUAAUGAUAUUGAUGCUACAAGCAAUGAGUCUUAAGUCUUACUAUAAAGUCAAGAAAGCAAAAGGAUUUAUCUAGAUUAUUGUCAUUUCUAAUUCAAUUUUAAAUUCUUGUUAAUCAUGCACCAAAGAAACACUUUGUUCAAGCAUUCCUAACGCUGAGAUUGAACAUAUGCACAACAACUGAUCAUACACCAGUAUGAAAAAGUAAUCUUAAAAACUUGAAUGUAUAUUCUAUAUGUAGGGGAUUUGCAUAAUUUUAUGCAAAACAAAAACAUUUGUUUUCAUGAACUGAGCCAUAGAUUAUUUGUUACAUAUUGAGCCUAAAACAGAACAUGGCAAUGUUCACUAAUGAUAAACUAUGCAACUGUUGCAUUAAUUACUUAAAAUGUCAUACAUGCACAUAUACUGUAGUUUUUUUCAAAUUACUACAGUAUAUUUAUACCAUUCUUGCUGCUCAACAUUUUAAUGCAGGAUUAAGCAGGUCUGUGAAUGUAUUUAAUCUAAUCAAAAGUAUUAUUUGAAGACUAAUGUUAAAAUUUUAAUGUGCUACAUGUAACUUUUUGCUAUUGCUACAUAGUCAA